ACUGUGGGAGAAGGCCUCUGGCCGAGGGGCGGGCUCGCGAUUUAAAAGAUGCCCGCUGGCAUGACGUGGGAUGAGUAGAUGCGGGGACGCGACGUUACUCCGGGACACUUUGUCUUUUACAAGUCGCCCCUAAAAAAGCAUCCCCGCCCGUCUGGGAGGCUGGGGACUGGGUGCAUAGGAGACGGCAGACGUUCCUUGUUGUAGGUUAAGGACCAAAACGCGUUUGACCUUGUGGGUCGCUAACGUUGCCACUACAGAAGAGAGACACAAACAUUCCUCUCGGUCUGCCAUCCCAGACACACUUUGCAUUCUUACAGUAGCAGGGCAGGCCACCGCAGGGAGACGGAUGAGCGCCUCUGACUCCUUCCUUCCCGGGCAAGCGAAGGGCAGAUGAGCCUGCUAUGGAUAAGAAUUCAAGUGAGCUGGAGAAUGCUGUGAAGGAGCUGCAAGAAGUCUGCAGAGCUCAAGAUGGCACCCAAAGCCAAGAAGGGAUUGAAAGACUCCAUUGACGAUGUCCUUGGUGACCUCCUGGGGAGCGAUACAUUCCCUGAGAAGCCUGUUGGACCAGCCUCACGUGCCAGCACAGGAGGCGCAUCUCAAUGGCUCUCUUCCAAGGCUAGAGCAAAGUCCCUCUUGAAAGACAAUGUGGAAGACCUGGCAGGAGCUGAUGCUGAGAUUUCCGACAUCUCAGAGGCAGACCCACAAGCCUUGCUGGAGACAAUGAAGGAUCUGGAUCACAUGGAUGCUGAGUUCCUGGGUCUGAAGAAGUCCAAGCCACCCUCCAAGGGUUCUGAGAAAGAAGCACCUGGCAACCCCAGACCUGUUAGCACAUUAACAGCCAGUGAGAAAGGUGACACCAUUCCCAACAAGAAGCCACCUCCUUCUCUCAGCCGCUUUGGGCGUCAGUACAAGAGGUUUUCCUUUGAAGACAUGGAAGACCCACUGGCAGGACUUCUUUCUGAUGAGGAGGAGGAAGAGCCUGCCAAGAAGCCACCCGUGACAGAGAGUAGAACUGCCUCCAACAAGAGCCCCAGCGUGGGCCCAGGCCAAGGUCCCUCUGUUCCUCUAACUCCUGGGGACACGCCCGUCCGAAAGAAAGAAGAAUUGCAGUUUGAUGAUACAGAUGACAUCAUGGCCACCCUGGGUUUUGAAGACAGCCCCAAGGCAGACAAGAAAAAGUCCACAGACCAAGACGGGCCCCUCCCUGCUCGCUCCAAGCUGGAUGAACUGCUAGGCCGAGGCACAUCCGCCAAACUCUUGGCUCGCCCAGGCACUGGGGAACAGAGGGAGUUCAAACUGGAUAAGAAGUACCAGAAGCCAGAGGACAAAGAGGAUUCCUGGGAUGAUGAGAUCCUCACCUUUGGGGCGUACCAGCCCACCAUGGCUUCCUCUGAGGGCCGGCAGUCCCGCCGGCAGUCAGUCAGCAGGUUCUUGGGAGAAGGUGGUCCUGACCCCAAAGGAGAACUCAGCUCCAAACAGAACCCUCCAGUAUCUUCCAGCCCCAUCAAUCCCAAGAAAGGAGGAGCUGACUGGUUGGGCCUCAAGGAUGAUGACCUGGACCUGCUGCCUCCCUCUCCCAAGAAAGAGGUCCAACAGGAAGGCUCAGCCAUCACUACACCCUCCCUGCCUCCUCCUGCGAGCCAGCACUCUGCCCCAGGCCCACACUCUACCUCAGCAGCAAAGCCUCCAGCCAAGGAUGCAGGCCCCCCUGCCAAAGCCAGCCAGGCCCCCAUGCUGACCACAUCUGAGGAGACAAAAGGAGAAGAAGGUGAUUGGCUGAGCCAUGUCUUGUCUCAGAAGAAGUCCCAGGGUCUGGCCAGAGAGGAACGUGCGGUACCCUCUUUGGGCCCAAACUCAGUGGGGACAUUGGACCGUCCGUCUCCUGGCAGCCAGCCCGCUGCUAGCACUCACGUCCUUGAGCAGGCCACUGCUGGCGAAGCCUGGAGAGCACCCACACGAGAGAUACCAGCUACCAGGAAGGGCACCACAGGGUUGCCCAUGAGUUGGAGUCAGGCCUCUUCUGCUCUCCCUGCAGGUGACCCAAAGAGGGGAAUAGCCUCUGGUGACUUCUCCAGCGUUGAGCCUGCGAUUUGUGUCUCACGUGCCCAGGAAUCCAUGGGUCUCUGUGCGCCUGUCCAGCCCCUGCGCCCCGAGGACCUGAUGCCAAGUGCACUGCCAGGGGCAGGAUACCAGAAGCAGCUCCAGGUAACCCAGGAACAGCUUCAAAGUAGCAACGCCCAGCUCCAGGCUGAGCUGCUGCGGAGCCAGAUGAGGCUAUCGGAGCUGGAGGCCCAGGUGCGGAAGCUGGAUCUAGAGCGGACCCAGCACAAGCUGCUGCUGGAGAGUUUACAGCAGCGGCACCAGGCAGACCUGGAGCUCAUUGAAAAUGCACACAGAAACAGCAUGAAAGUGCUAGAAACUUCAUACCAACAGCGAGAGGAACAGCUCCAGAAAGAGAAGGAGGCGCUGUCCGCUCAGUACCUGUCACACUGCCGCGAGGCUGAGCAGGCCCGAGUGGAGCUCAUAGCCCAGCACCAGCGGCGCCUGGCAAUGGCUGCACAGGAGAAGGACCAGGAGGUGGCACGGCUUCAGGAGUUGCAGCAGGCAUCCAUCCUGGAGAUGCGCAAGGACCAUGAGGAGCAGCUACAGAGGCUGAAGUUGCUGAAGGACCAAGAGAUCAAUGCUGUCACCAGUGCCACGUCCCACACUCGGUCACUGAACGGCAUUAUUGAGCAGAUGGAGAAGUUCUCCAGCAGCCUGAGCGCGCUGUCCUCCCGAGUAGAGGCCUCGCACCUCACCACCACACAGGAGCGGGAGCUGGGGAUCCGGCAGCAAGAUGAGCAGUUGCGAGCAUUGCAGGACCGCCUAGUCCGGCAACAGCGGGACAUGGAGGAGGAGCGUGGCCGGCUCCAGGAGGUCAUCGGGAAGAUGGAGAUGCGCCUGAAUGAGCAGAGCCGGCUCCUGGAACAGGAACGCUGGCGAGUGAUUGCUGAGAAGGCGAAGGCUGAGUCUGCACAGAACAGUCUGGAGGAGCAGAGGAAGGUCAUGGUCCAGCAAAUCUCCAUGGAGCGGGAGGAGCUGGAGAGGGCCAAGAGUGCCUUGCUGGAGGAGCAGAAGUCGGUCAUGCACAAGUGUGGGGAAGAGCGGCGGCGCCUGGCAGCCGAGUGGGCGGAGUAUUUCACGCAGCAGAAGCUGAGUAAGGAGCGGGCUGAGCGCGAGGUGGAGCGGGCGCUGCAGGCAGACGCACAGCGAGAGGGCACCCUCCUCAGCCUGGCCAAGGAGCAGGCGGAGCUGACAGUCAGAGCCCGUGAACUCCGGAACAGAGAAGAGAAGUUGGCUGCUGAGAAGGAGGCUGUGGAGCGGGAGUGGCGGGAACUGCGGCUGGAGAAGGACAGGGUCCACAACGCUGCCAUGCGCCUCCAGACCCGUGUCCAGGAGGUAGAACACAUGAGCAAGGUGGCCUCCGAGAAGUACGAGGAAGGUGAGCAGGCGCUGCGGGAGGCCCAGCAGCUGCAGGCCAAGCAGCAGGACCGGCUGCAGGCGGUGCAGCGGCAGCAGGAGUGGCUGCGGCAGCAGGAGCAGCACAUGCACCAGGAGCACCUGAGCCUGGCUCAGCAGAGACUGGAACUGGACCGGGUGCGGCAGGACUUGCCUUCUACCUUUCCAGGGAAGCUCUUCAAAGCUCAGGGCCUGACAGCCUCCAACAUGGAUGGCCUCCAUGUGCCCACCACCAGCCCUCCUCAGUGUAGCAAGACAGAGGCUGCCUCCAUCUCUGCGCCCUUCCUCGCCAAGCUGCUGCUGCUGAAGCACACGGCCCAGCAGGACCGGGACUUCUUGGAGAAUGAACAGUACUUCCUGGAGACCCUGAAGAAAGCUUCCUACAAUAUGCCAUCCCAUUCUGCCUAGAAGGCCUACCGCCUCCUCAGAGAAGUAUCCAGGCCCUGGAGCACUCCCCAUUGCCCUAGCUGCCAGCAUCAUGGAGGGGGUGCAUGGGAAGGUGGCCACUGCCUGAGGCCUGACUACAGCUCUUCAUGUGGGCAGAAUACCAGCGUAUUCUUCCCAGUCGCUAUGGCCUGCAGCUGAGAGGCAGCAGGUGUUCUUCCUCAGGGAGUGAUGAUGCCAAGGGCCUCUCACCACUGACGACCCAUUUCUGAUCCCAUCAUGAGCCCUCCAGCCCAUGUCCCCAUCCGUCUGCAGGCAGCCCCUCGGGAUCUUUGUGCCUGGACUUCUGAGGCAGGGGUUUAUCUUAGUGUGGGAGGUGGUUGGGAGGCCAUGAGCAGCCUUCUAUGUUCCCUGCUUGAGAAGUCCCCUCUCACAUGGGGACAUGGAGAAGUGCCUCCUAGCUGAGUGAGUGGGAGGUCUGGCAAGAGAAUUUGUCAUGUGAGCCACAGUCUUUCCCUUGAUGUGCUCUGAGAUUCAGCCAGUGCCUCAGCCCCACCCUCAGAACUGGUUUACACACCCCCUCCUCAUUCUCAGCACUGCCCGGCAAUCAGCUAUUAUUGUGGACACUGGUCUUUCCAAUGUCUUCCUUCCCAUCUAAUUCCCCACCAGAGGCAGAAGUAGGGAGCUGUGUGUGGGUUAUGGUGGGACAGGAAAGACAGCCAGAGCCUCUGCCCCUGAGGGGAGGAAGGUAGCAUCAGUGAGCCGUGGAAGACCUUAUGCCCAGGCUGUUACUGCUCCCUGUGUCUUUGCCAUUCUCCAUAUGUAGGCAGUGUGUCAUGGCCCUCUGGCAGGGCAUCAGGAGAAGUGACCCAGGACAGAAGGACUUACUAAUGAAUUGUGGUUGCUCCUCAUGAAGUCUGUCCAGGAACAAGUCCUUACCUUCCAUCAGCAGAAGAUCCCACCCACAGCAGGUGGCAGAGGAAAGUGUCACAUGGGGUAGACAUGACACAGAUUCUGUCUCUGCUUCUCAGAACAGCUCUCAGAGGAAUCUAACUUAUUUGCCAACAAUUUUCGGCUCUGAUCUUGGACUCAUUAAACUGCUACACUCUU